AUGGGUAUUAAUCAGUCAAAGAAUCUUCACGCCAUUACCGACUUUGACAAGCAACACAUUCCGACGUUAGAUGGCCAGGUACCCGAGCAGAAACAGGACCUCCCCAGUCCCUCACCCAACAUCACCACAAAGGAGGAGUUCUUUAAACUUCCCAUGUACAAAGAUAUCGAUGACUAUAUCUUAGGGGCGCCAUCUAAGCUCUUAGUGGGAACAUUUGAUGACGUCAUCCAAUUCUUUAAAUAUCGGGACUAUUGGAACCACAUGGCCUUGACCCGGGCCAUAUUUCUUUGGGUGGUGCAUCAGGACAUUUAUAGCCUUAAGUCAACUGAUGAACCUCCCCCUAACUCCCCUUUGGAGUACUUCAUUAGCAUGCAGACCAGCCAAGGUGGAUAUGCCCACCUCAUCUGGGGACUUUGCAAUAUGCUGGGCGUGCCGUGUGUUAUCAUUAAUGGAAUGACAAAGAGUGCCGCGUAUGAAGUGGGAGGCAAAGUAAACAGAGAAAAUAUGGGGGCCCAGUGGAACGCCGUGUACCUUAAAGACGAAUGGCGAUUCAUCGACGCAUUUUGGGCUUCUGCAUGUGUGGUAGGUAAAAAGUCCAAAGAAUGGAAAUUGGUGGACGCAGAAGGGAAAUACGUGGACGAGGACGAGGAAGACGAAGGCGCGUACCAGCACGUGGAAAACGAGGUCAACGAGUUCUACUUCUUCACGGACCCUCAGAAGUUCAUCUGGACUCACUACCCAGACGAAGAAGAGUGGCAGUGCUUAGAUACCCCCAUCUCUUUGACGGAGUUUGAAGAGCAUGUGUAUAUCCGGGAACGUUUCUACUCCAUGGAAAUCAGUCUUCUAGAUGACUUUCAGUAUAAAGAGAUAAUCAUUCCGGAAGAAGGCGAACUUGGUUUGCGUUUUGGAUUCCCGGAAGAGAAAACUGAUACCUACCAGUUCCGUUACGCUAUGUACAGAAAUAAAUCGGACGAGGAGUUCCGGCACCAUCUGAGACUUGAUCGCUUUGUUCUCCUGGAACAUACUAAAGGGAUAUUGAGACUAUCAAUGAGAUUCCCACUCUCUGGUAAAUUUAAACUGGAUGUUUAUGGAACGGAUGACAAAGAAAAUGGAUCAUUUGACCUUAUUUGUUCUCAUAUGAUACAUUGCACAAAUCCGAAGAGAAAUUGUUUGCCCCUACCGGACCAACCUGCCAUCGGAUGGGGUCCUGUAGAGGAGACCAAGGACUCGGGUGUGGUUCCUGUGAGUCACAAGGGUGCCGUCAUAGUAACAGAAGAUGGUAAGAUUGAUGUUAAACUGGGCACCAACAAGAAAAUGGAAAUUCACCAACUUUUGAAGAGUAUAAACUUAGAUGAAGCGACCCUCAGUAAAUACGUUCUUGUAAGGGAAGAAAAUGGGGAACAUUUUAUACACAUUCGGUUACCACAAGGCGGGGAAUAUGCCCUUAAAAUCUACGCGAACGAAGAAGGUAUGCCAGGUGAUGCAGAUAACAUUUUGAAUUAUCUGAUAAGUUGUACUAAUGAAGACAUUCAGAAUAAACCCUUCCCUAAUGUACCAGAUGGAAUACUCGGUAAAAAAGCAAUAGCAGAAAAUAUUGGUGUAAAUGCAAGAAUUCAAAAGGGGCGCUUUAAAACAAAAGACGGGAGGAUUCGACUGGAAUUCGCUGCCAUGAGCUAUGUAGAACUAAUGGUUGAAAUCCACACAACAGAUCCUGUUGCAAUGAAGUAUUUGAAGUCCUACCGACAGACCAUAGAGGAUCGAUGGGCGUUUGAUAUAGAUCUACCUGUCAAGGGGGAAUACUCUAUCAAUGUUUUUGCACGAGAAAAUCCAAAGCGUUCCCGGGUAUACAAUGUACAUUCUUACCUCGUCUUUUCCGAUGGUCAUGCCUAUAGAGACACAAAAGAAGAGUUUGUACCGACAAAGGUUCUCACAGAAACAAUUCAAACAGCUGAUAACGAGGCUCUGAUUCCAAUACCACGUGGUUAUUUAGAUGUCGUCUGUUGCCUCCAGCGACUUCAUGCCAACGAUCCCCCGGAUAAUUCUCAAAUAGAGAUAAUUGAUCAUGAUAACGACAGACUCUUCCUGACAGAGUUGAACGACUACGGCGAGUACAUGAUGAAUUUAUACGAUAAGGAUGAAUUUGGACUGCUGAAUUGCAUCGCUCGCUACCAGCUCAACCGUAAAACAACCACAGAGUUGAUGCAAGACGACCCCAUGGUGAUCAUGGACAGAAUUAAAGAGGAAGUUGAAGAAGAUGAAGAUAGGGAGGAAACGAAAUCCGAAACAAAAGAUCGUAAGAGAACUGGUGCCACUCUAGAUAUGGUGAGAAAGAGGCGCCAUAUAUUGAUGCUUAAACGUCGUGCGAUGGAGCUCGGAGACCGUGAUGCACUGGAACAACUGAUUGUAGCUUACGAGGAAACAAAACCUGCUGACGACGACCCAACUCUGAUGUCUGCCAGAAAACUACUGAGACUACUGAAUGCUAAAGACGAACUGGCAGCUGCUUCACGAACACGCCAUCUAGAAAAACUGAAACGUGCCAUCCGCAAUGCAAAGGAGGCCAACUAUGACGGAAUCCUCAACCUCCAGUUAGUUACAGCAGAGCGCCUGCGCGACAAACUUGCCAGGAUAGAGAAGUUACGUCACAACAUCCUUGUUAUGGAUCAAACAACUGCAGCAGAACUUAGAACCUACACACAUCCGCCAGAGGGCGUGCGACAGUCCAUCAUGGCCGUUUUUGUUUUGUUAGAGUAUCCAAGAAAAGAUGUAAAGGACUGGAAAACAAUUCAGACUAUUUUGUCUAGAUCAGGAAAAGAGUCCAUCAUGCGUCGGGUUGCCAUGUUUGAUCCUAAAUACUGCUUCCUUGACGUGGCUUUGGAAGCAAAGGCGAUUCUCGCGCCAUUCACGCUUGAGGAAAUCCGUGAUGUCAGCAAUGGUGCUGCAGCUUUUUAUAACUGGGCCUCUGGGAUGAUUGCUGAAGUGGAACAAACAGGUGGCGCUAGUCGACCGAUGGAUGAGUGGAUGCAAGUGACCGAGGGUGUCCGAAAUGUAGAACAGACGAUUUCACGCGGACCAGCGUCUGCGCGGACAAGUCGAUCCACGUUACAUCAAACUCCAGAAAAACUCGCGAGAUAUAACACUCAGGACACCAUCAAUAAAACCUACACAGUCAGGUCCCGUAACUCGUGA